UAUGAAAACAAGCAUAUGAAAAACUUGUCUGUAAAAUGAGGCAAUCAUGGAAACAAAGCGGAGAAGAUAGUAAUAAUUUCCAGAUGGAGAAUGUGCCAAGGUCCAUGAGCGGACAGCGCUAGUGUUACAGAUGUAGCCGAGCUUGGAUAAAUGUAUUCCCGCAGGCAGAAUCCAGAGGAAGAGAGAUCAGAGAGAGACUGGAGACCCCAACAGCCAUGGCCUCCUCCCUUUCAGGAUUGGACAUGCAAGAGGAAGUCAUCUGCCCCAUCUGCCUGGAGUACCUGACCGACCCGGUGAGCGUAGAUUGCGGGCACAACUUCUGCCGAGGCUGCGUCACACAGUACUGUGUGGAAUGGGCGGGACGCGGAUCCCUGAUGUGUCCCGUCUGCAGAUCCCAAAUUCUGACAGGGAACCUCAGGCCCAACUGGCAGCUGGGAAACCUGGUGGAAAAAAUGAAACACGUGGCUGUGUGCGCGAGGCACAAAAAGACCCUGGAUCUGUUCUGUGAAGACGACGGGGAAGCCGUGUGUGUGGUUUGUGAAAGAUCCCCCCAGCACAGAUCUCACACGGUGCUGCUCAUAGAGGAGGCUGCCCAGAAGUACAAGGAAAAAAUCCAGGACCAUUUGAAGACUCUGAGGGAAGAGAGAGAAAAGCUGCUGGGAUUUAAAGUGACUGGAGAGGGGAAAAGCCGGGAGUAUCUGAAACAAACACAAACUGAGAGGCAGAAGAUUGUGUCUGAAUUUCAGCAACUGCGGCAGUUCCUGGAGGAACAAGAGCGACUCCUGCUGGCCCAGCUGGAGAAGCUGGAUGAGGAGAUUGUGAAGAUCCAGAAGGAAAAUGUCACCAAACUCUCCGAGGAGAUUUCCCGUCUCAGUGAGCUGAUCCGUGAGAUGGAGGGGAAGUGUCAGAAGCCAGCGAGUGAAUUCCUGCAGGAUGUCAGAAGCACCUUAAGCAGGUGUGAGAAAUGGAAGUUCCAGCAGCCGGUGGAAAUUUCUCCUGAACUGGAAAAGAGACUCAGUGUGUUGUCCCAUAAAAAUGUUGCUUUAAUGGAGACUCUGAGGCAGUUCAAAGACACUCUGCCAUCGGAGCUGGAGAGAAAAGGAUGGAAAUGCCUAGGAUCACAGAGAGAGGACACUCUGCCAUCUGAACUGGAGCAGGGAGGGGGAAAAUAUUUGGGAUCACACGCCAACGUGAAUGUGACUCUGGAUCCAGACACGGCUCAUCCCCAACUCGUCCUGUCUGAGGAUGGGAAAACCGUGAGAUAUGGAUGCCUAUGGAACAAACUGCCCAACAUGACCAAGAGAUUUGAUUACGAGCGCUGCGUGCUGGGCAGUGAGGGAUUCACCUCAGGGAGACAUUGCUGGGAGGUGGAGGCGGGGGAGCGGGGGGGCUGGGCCAUAGGGGUGGCCAGAGAGUCUCUGGGGAGGAAGGGAGAGAUCACCUUUAAUCCUGAGGCGGGGAUCUGGGCUAUGGAGUACUGGGAGGGUCAGUACUGGGCUCUCACUGACCCCCUGACUCCUCUGCCCCUGAGCCGGGUCCCCAGGAGGAUCUGGGUUUAUCUGGACUACAAACAGGGGCAAGUAGCCUUUUUUAAUGCCGAUAACGAAUCCUCGAUCUUCACUUUCCCGCCGGCCUCUUUUGCUGGGGAGAGAAUCCGCCCUUUGUUUGUGGUCUGGGAAACCGAGUCCCAGCUCAGACUGUGUCCCUGAGACCUGGAGAAGGGGAAUAAAAAAAAAUUCAAAAGUUCAGGGAGGACAGGUCCCUCAAUGGUAAUUAGCCAGGAUGGGCAGGGACACAACCCCAUGCUCCGGGUGUCCCUAAGUCUCUGACUACUAGCAGCUGGGACUGAACAACAGGGGAUGGAUCACUCGAAAUGGUCCUGUUCGGUCCCUCUUAAGCAUCUGCAGCAUCGGCCACUGUCAGAAGACAGGAUAUGGGCUAGAUGGACCAUUGGUCUGACCCUGUUUGCUCCCCCUCGGAUCAGAGCAUAUCAAAUGAGCUUCUCUAGCCUUAAACAUCCCACUCUGUGACCCUGGAGGACUCCCAUCUCUCCUAGCCCCCAGGCUCCUUUUCUCUCUUGCUGCCAGGGUGACAAUGUCUCGGUGUGUCUAGUCUGGGCUGUCGAAACUAUAGAGGGGUGUGAUCUGCAUAGACAAGCCCAUCCCAUUGCUGCCAGGGUCAGCCACCCUAUCUGUCCCUUGCUCUGUGGCUCCGGACCAGCGGUUCUCAACCUAGUUACCAUUAUGGGCCACACACACACUCCCUCUCUCUCUCUCUUCCCCAUGUGCCUGGCCCUGAGGAUUUCACAUGGGCCUCAGCUGUGUGUUGAUUGGGCUGCAGCUUGAGAACCUCUGAGGUAGGGAGACCAAGGGAUGGGGAGGGUGAUAUAGGGACUGGAGAGGGUGACUUUGAGGCCCUGGGGAGGAGAUGCAGUGGGGGCACUGGAGAGGGUGAGCUGGCUGCAGGAAUGGGAGUGGCAGGGACAGGGCAGAAGGGAGAGAAGAAAAGAAUUAAAAUAAAAGAUAAUAUGGAGAAUUGGGAGGAAAAGGGGGGUUGUCACAGGGUCCACUCACCGCUAGGGGUGCCUCUGCCUGAUAGCUCCACUUUGGUGCUGGGAUGUCCUCUGGCAGUCUCCCCCUGUCUCUGCAACUCCAGCUGCCCCUUCUCCCCAACUUGGCCCUCCGGCUAGCUCAUUAUGCGUGUCUCCCCCUUCCUGGGUACCAAAGUCUUCUAGCGCAAAUUUUCCCAGGUGGUCUGCUCUCCAUUGCCUGGUUUGUGCCAGUGACUGGUAGGGGAACCCAGGCCCACCCUGUCAUUUGCCUUGCUGCUUUUCCCCUGAACCUUUCCUGCCUUUGUGUCUCUCCUCCCUCUCUAGGGGUUUGCCAGCCCAAACUCCCUCCUCCCAGGGGGUAGGGUGCUUGCUUCUAUGGCCCCAAACACACCUCUCUUCUCCCACCCCGGGAGUGACUGCAGACUGCUUCCCUGCAGCCCCUUUCUGCUCUCAGCUCCUUGGCUUUAUACAGGCCCCUCCUCUUCCCAUGCAGUUGAGCAUCAUCUACUUAAUCACUGCCCCCUGGCUCCACCUCCAGGGGUAGCCUGGGCGGUUCAUUGGCCCACCUGGCCACCUUGACCCUUUCAGGUCUUGGAUGGGGGUAGACAGCCCAUCCCAGGGGGAAAUCAAAAUGAAAAGAGCUAAAGCAAAAUGAUCCAGACAGAGGAAAAGUCCCGAGGGGAAGAGAGAAAUUCAGGAAAAGAAUGAGGAAUCUGAGGGGGAAUGAUCCAUAAUAGGGGGGCGGGGGAAGU